AACCCGCUUCCAACUUCAGAAACCACAACAGAAGGUGCGUUCAGGUUCAGGUCGGACAUUACCUGAAGUACUGUCCUUACUAAACAUUGUAAUUCACCGAGUACAAGUGGACCCGGACUGCACGCACACAUGGCCGGUCUACCUCCCGGAGACCCGCAGCUGGUCUCGAUGAUCGUCAGUCAUUUAAAAACUCAGGGUCUCUUCGACCAGUUCAGGAGGGACUGCCUGGCAGACGUUGACACAAAGCCAGCUUACUUGAAUCUGAAACAAAGAGUGGACAACUUUGUCUCCAAUCACCUCUCUAACCACACAUGGAGCCCUCAUUUGAACAAGAACCAGCUAAGAAACAACAUCAGACAACUCGUGCUGCAGUCUGGGAUGUUGGAGCAGGGAGUGGACAGGAUCGUAGCCCAGGUGGUGGAUCCCAAGAUCAACCAUAUCUUCAGGCCACAGGUGGAGAGGGUGGUCCGUGAAUUUCUGUCACCUGGCAGCUGCUCCGAGGAGCCACCGGCCCCUCUGUCUUUAACAGAGACCAAACCAGACAGCAGCAUUCUUGAGCAAGCCUCAUCGUCUGCUCCAGCCACCACCUCAGCCAGCGACGCCAUGUCCAUCCUGGACACCAUAACUUCUCUCAACCAGGAGGCCAGCGUCAGGGCCAGCUCAGGCACAGAUAGAGGACGUAAAGGCCAACUGUCAGAUGAGGCCAUGCAGCUGGUGGAGGAGGGCGAGCUGGACAUGAGCAUUGUUGAUGAAGAAGAAGGCCACCCUGACGCGAAGACGCUGGAGGAGGCAGAGGAGCUGGCAUCAGAGAUCCAGGCGUUUGAGGUGAAGACGGAGGACACGCAGGAGCCGAUGGAUCUGGGAAAAGAGGGGUUAAUAGAGGAGGUGAAAAUGGAAGAGGAGGAGUUGGGAGCUCAGGAGCAGACAGAGGAGGAGAAAGAUAAGGCUUCUAGCAAAACAAGUGGAAAACCCACAGAGGAGAGGCAGGAUGAUGAUGUGCUGAAAUCUACAAGUCAGGCCAAGCAGAAAGCCAAAGAGAGGAUCAAGGAAGAAUACUUUCUGGAGGACUCGGACCUGGAAGGCCUGAGUGACAUCACGGUGAGCUCCGUCCACACCAGCGACCUGUCGUCAUUCGAGGAAGAAAGUGAAGAUGAGGAGCUUCUUUCUGAUUCUUCCGAAGAGGGGGAGCUUCCACCAGAUCAAGGGGAGAGAGCGGAAAAUAAACAAGGCAGUGGAGACGCUGGAGAAGAAGAUCGCAAACCUCGCCGCAAGGCUUACGUUCACAAGCCCUUCCUCUACUCCCGCUACUACAGUGACUCGGACGAUGAAAUCACUGUGGAGGAACGUCGGAGAUCUGCGGCAAAGGACAAAGAGGAAAGACUGCUCAAGAGACAACAGAACCGAGAGCGAAUGGAAGAGAAACGUAAACAGAAAGCAGUGCAGGCUGAAGAGCAAGAUCACAAGAAGAAAGAAAAGAGUGGUGACUCUGCUGGGCUGGAGGGCCCCAGAGCCAAAGAGGCUCGCAAAGAAAGGAAAGUUCUGGAGAAAAAAAUGGCUCUCAACAGGAAGAGGAAGCUAGACUCAAGGAAAGAGGGAGAUGCUCCAAGCAAAAAGAAAGGAGAUACAGAAGGAUCCAAGAAAGCGGAAGUGAAAUCCAUAGCCCCGAAGACUCCACAGCCAAAACUGGUAAGAAAUCUGUCAGAAUCAGCAUCGUCUGAUGAGAGGCACAGGAGGAUGAGCGGUAGCGUCUCAGAAGAUUCCAGCGAACCCAAAAAGCUGUCUGACAAAGGCCGGACCCACUCCUUCAUCCUGGAGUUGGAGCAAGGUUCCCAAGAGGCUCUCAGACAACGUUCAGUUGGGAAAUUCGAUAGGUUGUCCCGUAAAGAAAUUCACUCUAAAGAACGCAAAGAGAAAGAGCGCAGCUUGUCAGAUGAACGUGCCAAGCUCAAACAAAAGCAGGAGAAAAAAUCCGAACAUCAGGCAGAUGAAUCUCAGCAAAAGGAAGGUGCUGCUGUUAAAGUGUCGUCUGAAGAGAAAGGUGAGAAGAAGCCGAAGAUUAAAAGUGAAAAGAAAAUAGUAGCAACCACGAGAGAUGGAAGGUUGUCUGUGUCAGAAGGUGUGACGGACGAGGGUCCUAAAGAUGCUACUGUCAAGAAGGCAAAAACUCCAUCUAUGGAGACCGUCAAGGCAGAGAAGGACAAGAUUAAGGAAAAGGAGAAAGAUAAGAUCAAAGAAAAGGAAAAAGCCAAAGCAGAGAAAACUUCCUCUAAAAGUGAUUUCAAGCAGCUGCUCCGCCCCGAUUCUGCUGGGUCUUCUGAGGAUCGGUCUGACAUGGAGCCCGGGUCCGAUAGCAGCAAGAAGAAAGAUAGACACUCCAAGGAAAUCCUGAAAAGGUCGAAGAGCUACACCGAGGACAAGCCAGGAGACAAACCCAAAUCUAAAACAGACAGUAAAGAUAGCGAGAAGGAAAAGACUAAAGCAGAUCAAGACAGCCAGAAAUCAAACAAGUCCAGCUCUGAAACUGACAGAGAUCCUAAAAGGGUCAAGACAACGGAGAAAGGAAGAAUUUUGGAAAAAUCUAAAUCAAAAUCCAAAGACGAAACAAAACCUCUGCUGUUAUCAAAGCCGGAUAAUAAAGUUCAGAGUUCAGAGGUCAGAAGUACCGGAGGUGCACCAGUCAGCAAACCGGAGGCAACAAAGGAGAAGAAAAAAGAGGGAAAUGCAAAAGAACAGCGGAAAGUCUCAGAGGAACCUCUCCACGAGAAAUCCGAAAUCAAGAGUGCAAAGAAAAAAACGGAGAAGAAGGAUAAAAUCCCAGAAAAGAGAGACGAUAGCCAAGAAGAGAAGAAAGCACCCAGAGAAGACAAAUUGGACAAGUCUGACAAAUCUUCAAAGUCUUCGGCCUCCCCACUGAGUCUCGAGGCAGAGGAGCAGCCGAAGAAGCGCCCUCCUCUCCAAGACACGAGCACCGACUCUGAUCCCGUCACCACCACCGUCACCACCUCCUUCUCAGAUGACACCUGCGAUGCUUUAAGCGACAUCACCCCCGAGCCACCCGAGGGCGAGACAGAGUCACGGCUCAGCGAGAUCCCAGCCGUGCCGGCUGAGGCCAAUGCUCUGCUGACCCUCAUGGACGUUUGUACCUCGGCAGAGGCGAGACUUGCGCCCGAGAGCAGUCAAGAGGCCGCAGCACCCGAGAUGACUCUGCAGGAUGCUGAUAUGAAGAUGAAAGAAGCAGCUCUGACUCUGCUCUCCAUGGAUCCCGACAGUACAGUGUCCCCCACCUUAAUUUGCCAAGAUACCAGGGAAGAGCCGGAGGUGAAUCCGACCGCCCCACAGCCGAUGGAAACUGCUGCAGCUGAACAAGAAGAGCAGCGUCCUCCUGUGGAUGUGCAAACCGCUGCUGAGCCAUCACCAGCCGCAUCUCAGCAAACUGUUGAACUUGCUGAUCAAAAACCAAACACUGCAGAUGUGUCUGAAACAGAGAAAGAAAUGGAUGUGGAACAGGUUGAACUGAUCGAAUCGCUUCCUCCACAGGAGGAUGACUCUACCUCAAAUGAACCUCAGGCUCCUUUAAAUCAGGAGGAAGCAAAAGGUGCAGAAAUGGCUCCUGAAACACAGCCAGAUGAAAACAUUGCACCACCAGCAGCUGAAGAAGUUGCUGAUGCUGUUGUGUCUGAACCUGAAGAGGUCAGAGGACCCACAGAGGAAAGCACAGUUGCAGUUGUUUCUGAUUCCACUGAACAAAGCUCAGAAAUGUCUAGUAAACACGACCAAACUGAACCAGAUGUUGCAGACACAAAUACAAGCUCCAAGGAAGAGGAAGUGGAGGACAACCAGGUCGAGAUGGAGGUGGACAGUAGUGAAGCUGAGAGUAAGACAGUGGAGGAAGAAAAUAUUGCAACAGAGAAGAGUGAUCCACAAACUGUGGAAGACAGUGUCCUAGAGAAGACUGAGAAGAGCAGAGAAAGUGGACCUGAAAGUCCGUCCAAACUGGUCAAACAAAUGAGUUGUGUCUCCAGCACAGACAGCCAGGAAGAUGAGAAGGGAUCGGACCUGUCAGAAAAGGAAGAGAAGACGGAGGGAAGAGGAAGACGUAAACGAAAGCUGUCCAGUCAGAACGUUGCAGCAGUGAAAGAAUCAGGUGAUGAGAAGGAUGAGAAGAAAAGUAAAGAGCAACCAUCUGUUGAGGAAACGGAUCAGGAGAAGGUGGUGGAAGUCAAAACACCACGCAGGGGUCGAUCAUCCAAAACCACAGAGGACGCAGAGAAGGAGUCUAAAGAACCUGAGAAACUGGAGGAGACUCCGAGCCGCGGGGGAAGACGUUCAGGAGCUGCAGCCAAAGACGAUGCCGCUGCUGAUGAUCAGAAGAAGGAUGAAAAUAAAGACGAGGAGAGCACCGAUCAAACUUCACCCAGAAAACCAGAUGAGAACGAGGAGAGAUCCGAAGAGGAAGGUGGACCAAAGAAAAUUGGACGGCGUGGAAGUCAGGUCAAUCUGCCGUCUCCUGUUCAGGAAGACUCUGAAGCUGCAAGAAGCUCCAACUCCAAAGAGACCACUGACACGCGUAGAGCAGCAGUGAAAAGGAAGAGGUCAGAAGAAAUGGAGGAAUCUAUAGAGGAAACCCCGGCUGAAGAGGAGGUAAACAAGGACAACAGUCAACAGGAAGAAAGUGAGCAACAACCGGAAAAAGACAGUGGUCAUUCCCCUUCAGUGAGCCAGGCAGAGGGUCAAGAGGAGGCCCAAGAAGAGGCCAUAGAGGAGGUCUGCAGCGAAAAGAAACCAGAUGAUGCUGAGGAGGAGCAACCUCAAGAGGACCAAGAGGCGACUCAGAAGAGACCCGGCCGGAGGGGGCGGCCGUCGAAGGCAGCGGCCACCACAGACGAUCCAGAUAAAAAGGAAAAAAAGGCAGAGGAAAGUGAGCAGAAUGAUGAUGAAGAGGAGGAAGAUGACGAUGAUGGCGAGAAAGAAGAGGAAGAAAAAGGAACUGCAACCAGAGCGACCACACGCUCAGCAGCUCGGAUGGAAGCUGAAAGAAACAAGCCAAGUAAACCAUCCACCCGGGCAAGUCGACAGAACGGUAAAGAGGAGACCGCAGCUGGCACGCGUGGGACGAGGGGCCAGGCAGCAGCGGCGGCGAAGGGGGGCCGUAAACGGGAGGCCAGCCCCCCUGCGGUGCGAACGCGGGGAGGACAGAAAUCGGAGGAGCCCCCUUCCAAGAGAGCCAAACGCUAAAAAAACCUCUGACGGCGGUGGACUGGUUUGCCCCAGCAGAGUUUUCUCUGCACUCCAUAUCCAAGUCAGUUUUGUUGUCAGGGGUCAAAGAGUCUCUACAGUCAGUUAGCACGUAAAGCUGUUUCUGCUUCAUUGACUGUAGAUAUUGAAAAGCUCUGGAUAGUAUUAUACACUCUCCUCUGAUAGUUGAGUGUAAACCUGAGGAUCUGUGUAGGAAUCCCCCCAGAAUACCUUCUACCGCGCUACGCCCAUAUGGUUUGGAUCAGGCUUCAUCAUUCCUGCAUUUAUUCAGUAAUGCCCAGUGAACCAGAGGAUUUCAGGCCAAUCAAAGGCCUAAUGUGCAGCCGAGUCGUGCUUUCAGAUAAAGAGAGCGAAUUAAAAUCAGGCCGGAGUGUGUCUCAGUUCCUGCUGAGACUGUUUCACCUCUACAGACAAAACUGUUCCACAUUUAAACGUUAUCUGACGUUAUUGUACAUAGGAAACACUGUGAAGCGUCUAGGGUUCAUUGUGACUUUAUUAUUUAAUAUUCAUUCUGUGAAUGAAAGGAGGUGUUGUCCUCUCACUUUUUUAAAGUUUUUGUUUUUAUACUUUAUAUUCAGAAGGUAUGGGAAGUUGUUUUUAUUUGUAGUUCUGGGUUGAAAAUAACAGCAGUAUUAGUCACUCACAUCAGGAAAAACUACUGUACAGGAGCAGUUACUCUACAAACUGAAUGUUCUUCAUAACAACAUGCAGACAAAGAACUGUUUCUUACUAUUGAGGUAAUCUAUAGUUAUUUGUAUUGUUUUAGAGUUAACUGUUUACCAAUAUAAUGGUGUUAGAUAUCUUGCCUACCUGUUAAUGUUUUUGUUUCAUAAAUGUAAAAAUACUGAAUAUUGCUUCCUUUUUUUAUUGUUUCCAGCAAGUAUAAAUCACUUCAGGUUCUGACUUGUAAUCAGUUUCUUUUUUUGUU